GAUGGCGGAUAAUCUCCCUUCAGAGUUUGAUGUGAUCGUAAUAGGGACGGGUUUGCCUGAGUCCAUCAUUGCAGCUGCAUGUUCAAGAAGUGGCCAGAGGGUUCUGCAUGUUGAUUCAAGAAGCUACUAUGGAGGAAACUGGGCCAGUUUUAGCUUUUCAGGAAUACUAUCCUGGCUAAAGGAAUACCAGGAAAAUAGUGACAUUGUGAAUGAAGGCCCAACAUGGCAAGAGCAGAUUCUUGAAAAUGAAGAAGCCAUUGCUCUUAGCAGGAAGGAUAAAACCAUUCAACAUGUGGAAGUGUUUUGUUAUGCCAGGGGGGAUCUC